UUCAGUUCAUAGAUAAUAUGAGUUAUGAUACAAAGUACAUGAGUGAGGUUGAGAAGUUCUCUGAUGUUCUGAGUGAUAUGCUGAGUACUUUUCUUGAUCAACGCCUUCCUCAAAGUAAUGACUCAGUGAAGAACAUGAUUGAGUAUACUUUGGAGUCACCUUCUGUAAAUUGGAAGUCUGGAAAACAGAAGAAUAAUGAUAGUGGCAUUUAUACUAUGGUCAGCAUGCUUUACUUUGAUGGAGCUGAUGUGUUCGACUGCAAUGUUUUGAAAACGGUUUCAACUAGACGGACAUUGAGAGCUCAGAUUGCUGCUACUCUGGUAUUAUCUGAUAUGAACAUUGUCAGAGAUGAAGUUCUUGAAAAGCUAUCUGAAUUCAGAUUAAUAAGGAGUCAAGUUGCAAAAGAUGUUUUUGAUGGGAUUAAGAAGAAAACAAAGCAAGGUAAAAAGGAAAAGAAAGUAUAGGCAGACUAACGAAUAUGUGGAUGAAGUUUUUUGCUCGGAAGUAUUUGUAUUUUGCACAGAAGUAGGAAAUCUAAUGUAAUGAUGUAGUUUGCAUCAACAAAUGGAUAAUCUGACAAAAUUGUAUAAGUGUUAAUAUAGAA